AUGUCAUCGAAGACAGAUACAGACCUUUUAUCGCAGGCCACUGACAAGGCCAAUGCUGAAGUACUCCAGUCCGUCCUCAAGUCAUUGUGCAAGGCGUCCGAGGAAUGUCGCAAAGAAGCAUCCAAGCACCUUCUGCUAUCAACAAGCACAAGGACGGCCGAGAAGCGCAAACCGGACGAUAGCAGUGCCAAAUCGCCCAGCACAAGCAAGAAACAGAAAGCCGAAGAAACACUCACGUCGAGAUACGAAAAGUGCAUCACGUGCAAGCAAGUCUUUGACAUAGAGGCAAACGACGAUAAUGCGUGUGUGACGCACGAAGGUUAUCUCGAGAUGGACCCAGAAUGCUUUCCGGACGACGACCAAGUUACGUACGAACCUUCCAGUAUCGAUCCAUAUACAGAUUGGCGUAGAAAAGAAUGGCCGGAAGGUUUCAUUUGGCAAUGCUGCGACCGGGCCUGCAAUGAAGAGGGAUGCUUGGUCCAGGCUCAUAUCGCUGCAGAUGCGCCAAAGUCAAGGGCUGCUCAAGGCUCGUGGUCGCGCAAGGCACCUGCAGUGAUCGAUCUUUGCUCGUCAGACGGGGAGGAGGUCUCUGACGAGGAGGACUGA